AGGUAUGCGCACUACAUAGAUCCGAAGUGCGCGAUAGUUUUAUAGAAAGAAUUGCAGAGAGAGAGAUAGAAGGUGGAUGGGAGACAGAGAGAGAGAACGAGUAUUAGUGAGCGAGUAGGAAGACAAGAAAAAGAAAGAUUGAGAGAAAGAAAGGCUGAAAAAGAGAGACAGAGAGGGAGUGAAAGAAAAAGAUAGAGAGACCGGUAAGAGAAAAAAUUUAAGGAAGAAAGUGUAAUGUGUCGUAAUUAUUUCGAAAGCGUUUCGCUGAAACAAUAACAACGUGUACAUAUAGUGAACAAAAGUUGGUGAAUAUAUAACAUGUAUAUAUGUUUGUAAAUAUACAUUUAUAUAUAAUAAACAAUUAGGCGAGGAAAGUUUUAGGGGAAUGGCUAUGUGGUAGAACGCACGCCGUAUUGUCCUAUAGCUAGAGGUUUUCGUUUCUAGGUCAGGACAUCGGGUAGAAAGUGAAUGAUUCAACCUAUGUCAAGCCUGUUGCGUCACGGUGUAGCCAUGUUAGUAGCCAAGCAAGUACUUCGAAUGCUAACCAGCCUUAUACCUCUUCAAAUCUGCUGAAAAAAAUAAUAUAUAUAUAUACAUACAUACUAUGGCAUGGAUCUAAAUACAUUCACGCAGUUAACUAUUAUAAGAUAAAGAAAAGAAUUUUUUUAAAAUGUCGUACACAGUGUUGGGUACGUAGGCUAAACGCUAUUCGUCCAUCCGUUCUUUUAUAAGAAAAUCUCGCUCUUUCUUUUUCUCCCUCCACUUCUACCUGUGUGUGUGUGAACGAUUACAGCCACGUUGGAUCAAUACACUAUCACUGGCGGGGAUCAACCGCCGGAUCCCUCUGCAGCCAUGGCAACGGAAGAGCAAUAUGAUUUUAUUUGGAAAGUUGUUCUUGUUGGCGACUCAGGAGUCGGAAAGACUAACCUACUUUAUAGGUUUACACGAAAUGACUUCAGUUCAGAAAGUAAAAGCACGAUCGGUGUUGAAUUUGCAACCAGGUUUUGUCUUUGUUUCAGAUACUAUCGUGGAGCUGUUGGAGCACUUGUGGUGUAUGAUAUCACAAAACCAGCAUCAUUUAGCAACUUGGAAAAAUGGCUUGGAGAACUACACGAACAUGCUGACCAAGAUGUGUGUUUAAUGGUGGUUGGGAACAAGACUGACUUGCAUCAUCUACGAGCCGUAACGCUUGAUGAGGGCCGAUUGUUAGCUGAAAAACACAAUUUUUCCUUCAUUGAAACAUCAGCUCUAGAUGCAACGAAUGUUGGUGAAGCUUUCAAUAAUCUCUUAGUUGAUAUAUUUAAAGUACAAGUUGAAAGCAAACCUGCCGAAGAUAAAAGUAUUUCUAAAAACAGUAAAAGCUUGGAAUUUACAGAGCAAAAUAAUUCUGGUUGUGGAUGUUGAAAAUGUACCGUGUUAACUAGAUCAGCCCCUGUCUUCAGUGCUGAAAGGGCACCUUUUUUUGUCUUAAGAGAACAAUGUUGGGGUUACAAAGAGAAAAAAACUGUACAAAUAUCAAUGAAAUAUUACAGAGUUCCAUUAAAAAAAAAAUUUUUUUUUUUUAAUC